AGGGGCAAAGUCAGGGUUUUUAUUCGUGCAGCAAGACGUGAGUGAGCUUCAAAACGCACCCAAACCCUUUCCUUCACGUUCAGUCACAGCCACCACGUCGUGCUCCCUCGUCCCUCCGUGUUCUCUUCCUUCGCCACAGUCUGAGGCUGCUUUCUUCUGAUCUGUGCACCAAAUUUACUCUUGAAGGAUGAGUGAGAUUUUUUUUGAUGACAUUUUUAAGGUUGAGAAUCUAGACCCAGAUGGUAAAAAGUAUGACAAAGUUUCUCGGAUUGAAGCACGAAGUGAGAAGCGUGACAUGUACAUGCUUCUAGAUGUAAAUACAGAGAUUUAUCCUAUGAAAGAAAAUGAAAAAUUCUUGAUGGCUCUGUCUCCGUCACUUGUUUUGAAUACUAAGGAUGGCUCAGUGCCAAUUCACGAAAAGUUUGAAUACAUCAUGCAUGGAAGGCUAUAUAACAUCACAAAUGAUGAAAAAUCUCAGCAUGAAGUGGAGGUAUAUGCAUCAUUUGGUGGGCUUCAAUUGAUGCUGAGAGGACACGUUUCCCAUUGUGUAAAGCUUGCAGUCGAUCAGAAGUUGUUUUUGCUUAUAAGGAAGAUUGAAAGUUGAAACUACUGAUGUUGGUGAUGGCUGAGAAGAUGAACAUGCUAGCAUUAAAUAUUGUUUAUGAUCUUGCAUUGGUUCUUUAAAAAUUUUGAGCAGAAUGUAUUUUGAAAGACUUGCAUGUUCUCUCUAUUAUUUUCUGUAUGAAUUGGAUGAAAGAAUGAGCGGAAUGUUUUUUUUUGUUAUACUAUUUAGAUAAAAUCAUUGUUGUCAAA